CUUCGUUUUGCCCGCGUUGCCGUCGCUCGCUGGCUGCUGGAUUUCUUCCGGCGGUUCCCCCCCCCCCCCUUCUUCUUUUUUUUCUUUUUUUGGCUGAGGCUCCGUGUGAUUCGACGAGAGGGUCCGCCAGGGAGCCGGCGCUGACGUGAGGGAGGCAGACCGUGGAGCGGGGCGCGCAGCGGGCGCGGUGGUUCCUGGGGGGAAAAUGGCAGGAAAUAUACCGUUAAACAUCAAUAUCAAAGAGCCUCGCUGGGAUCAAAGCACUUUUAUUGGACGAGCGAGCCAUUUCUUCACUGUAACUGAUCCUAGGAAUGUUUUGUUAUCCAAUGAACAAUUAGAAAAAGCAAGACAAAUCGUGCAUGAUUACAGACAAGGUAUUGUGGCCACUGGAGUGACAGAAGAUGAACUGUGGAGGGCAAAAUAUAUCUAUGAUUCUGCCUUCCAUCCAGAUACGGGUGAAAAGAUGGUUUUGAUUGGUCGCAUGUCUGCUCAGGUGCCUAUGAACAUGACUAUUACUGGCUGCAUGAUGACCUUUUAUACAACUACUCCAGCUGUGGUUUUCUGGCAAUGGAUUAACCAGUCAUUCAAUGCGAUUGUAAACUAUACGAACAGGAGUGGAGAUGCACCAAUUACUGUCGGCCAGCUGGGAACAGCCUAUGUUUCUGCCACCACAGGUGCUGUUGCAACUGCUCUAGGACUUAAUGCAUUGACAAAGCAUGUUUCACCUCUUAUAGGACGUUUUGUUCCUUUUGCUGCUGUAGCUGCUGCUAACUGCAUUAAUAUCCCAUUAAUGAGGCAAAGGGAACUAAAGUAUGGUAUUCCCAUUACAGACGAAAAUGGAAACCGAUUGGGUGAAUCGGCCAAAGCUGCUCAACAGGCCAUCGUGCAGGUGGUUAUCUCAAGGAUCCUUAUGGCUGCUCCAGGCAUGGCCAUUCCCCCGUUCAUAAUGAAUUCUUUGGAGAAGAAGGCAUUUUUAAAGAGGUUCCCAUGGAUGAGUGCCCCCAUUCAAGUGGGUUUAGUUGGCUUCUGUUUGGUAUUCGCAACACCCCUGUGCUGUGCGUUAUUUCCACAGAAAAGUUCCAUGUCUGUAACACGUCUGGAGCCAGAAUUACAAGCCAAGAUCCAAGAGAUCAACCCUGAAUUGGAGCGUGUGUAUUUUAACAAAGGAUUAUAAAUUUGUAGAAGACAAAAUAUCCCUCAGUGACAAUUAGGUGAACUUAUUUUUGAUUGAGAAAACUUUGGUGAAGUCAAUUCAGUCUGGAUGAGUUCUUUCAAUUUUACACAAUUUUGAGCACAGAAGUUAUUUAGGUAACACAAGAGAACAUUCAUAAUUAUGGGUUCAAACCACUGUCAGUGUCAUUAACUGCACCACCCACUCUGUAGGCUUCAGAUUUUUCAGCUACAAAUAUUCAAAACAGUUUACAUUCACCUUCAAGAAGAUAAAUAUUAAAUUCUUUUGAAAAAUGUCACAGCCACAAGGAAAUCACACAAUGCUUUGAUUUGCUGCCUGUCUUAAUUUUUCCCCUGCAAGAGAGACAAAUUCAUCUUUACUAUUAUAUUUGUUUCUACACUGCAGAUGAUAAUUCUCCAUUGGAAUACUCCCCUGAAAGGCCCAAAGUGUGACUUUGUGAUACUGGGUUCAUUUGUUGCCUUAUCUCACUUAUGUAAUGAAUAUCCCAUGAAAGUUGUCUGAAAUUUAUAAUCAUAGAUCAGCUAUCCCGGAUUAAGCUGCCUUCUGUGCAAAGUCCCCCCAAAUAGGACAAAUUUACCAACUGGCAAAGUGAUCAUUGGGAACUAUUCCAGUAACUAACGUUGUAAAUUGACCUAUAAGCCUAUCCAAAUGUUGAGCAAAGUACAGGAUUAUACUACCUCGCCAUGUAUGCUGCACCUGAGGGAUUGUGUGUUUGAGUGUUUCCCCAUCUUAACAUUUCCUGGUAUGUGUAAAGCUAGCACACCAUGCUAACUCUGCAAGUGCAGGAAAAUGUAGCCCUCUUCAACAUUUGCAUUGGCCCUCAGUCACUGUGCUUGGGCACAGCUAUGGGCAGGGACCCUACAGGGCUUUAUCUAGUGUCUGUCAAACCUUAUUUGUUUUGCCUAAUUGUAGGGGUGUGAGAAUCAGCAAAAUUCAAGCUCACUGAAGUUCUCCCAAUUGCAUCUGGAAGGUUGAUCUGACUCUGGUCUGUAUCGGACUGCGUAUGUGCAUAUUCUUCGAAAUGUACACAUCAGUUAUGCACAUUUUUAAAAUGUAUGCAUUCUUCUCCCAUUGAUGAAAGUGUAUUUGUGUGCAUUUUUCAAAUGUACACAUGCUGUCAAACACAAUUUUGGGGGUCUGUGAAUCACAUUGCAAGCACAGAAAUGUAUGAACUUUGACUGCAGGUUGCGUCUAAGUCCAUGUUUGGUCCAGAAGUUGCGAACUGGGUAAAUCCUGAUCAAUAGUGAACUAAAAUAAACUUUUCAUACAUCCCUACCUAAUUGUAGUGGCCAAAUUCUGUGAAAAUUGAAGGUCGUGAGUUUAUGCAUUUCAUUAAUAAGUUUCAGUUGUGUUGCCUGUCAUGUUUUCCCUGAAAUGGAAACAUAUUAGUCUAUAUUCUGGCCUUAUUUUCUCAUAUCUCACAAACAUCAAAUGUCAUAUGACAUUCUUUAGACAGUUGUUUAAAUCCAAUUGCACGAAAACAUCAUGCUGCUAAAUGCUAUUGUAAGAGUGUCCUAUUUGGUUGCCUGUCAAAUGAGAUGCUAUAUCAUAGCUUUUUAAAACAUUGAUGUUUCAUUCCCUAAGAAGCACAGGCAAAACAUGUGUCCCUAGCACUUUUAAUCAAUUGCUUCUUUAUUUAUUGGGGCCUCUGCCCCAACCAGCAUGGCCAAUGGUCAAGAAAGCUAGGAGUUGUCCAAAACACCUGGAGGCUGAAGAAGGCUGAUCUAAGAUACCUUAAUAUCCUUUGUCGUCCUGUGAAGUAAGGUGCUAUUAUUUCCCAUCAUACAGAUGUAGGAAACCAGGCCAUGAAACAGUUAUUUACUUU